AGUUCAUUAUUGAAGCAGACGGUGAUUGAGUUACACUUAUUACAGUUUAAAGGUGUUUAUAAAUUUCUCAAUACUUAUUAAAGCAGUAAAUAUAUAAAUAUAAGAAGAAAAAAGAACAAUGGCUCGUACUAAGCAAACUGCACGUAAAUCUACCGGUGGAAAAGCACCACGCAAGCAACUUGCUACAAAGGCAGCUCGUAAAUCCGCCCCCUCAACUGGCGGCGUAAAGAAACCGCACCGUUAUCGCCCGGGAACAGUAGCCUUACGCGAAAUUCGUCGUUAUCAAAAAUCCACUGAAUUGCUUAUUAGAAAAUUGCCAUUUCAGCGCUUGGUUCGAGAAAUCGCUCAAGAUUUCAAAACUGAUUUGCGUUUCCAAUCAGCUGCCAUAGGUGCCUUACAGGAAGCAUCUGAGGCAUAUCUUGUCGGUCUUUUUGAAGACACUAACUUAUGCGCAAUUCAUGCCAAACGCGUAACUAUUAUGCCGAAGGACAUUCAAUUGGCUCGUCGAAUCAGAGGAGAGCGCGCUUAAGCUGCUAUACACUUCAUAAUCAACUUAUCAAUUUUCUUAAUGAUAUAAUAAAAAUUAAUAAAUAUGUAAUACACUUAAGAUUUCCCCCAAAACUCCAAUAACGGUAUUCUGUUUGCUUGCAGUUAUUGAUUAAAAAUACUUGUGUAGUAUUUCUAACAAAUAAGUAU